GGGGCGCCCGCCUCGGCCUCGGCCUCGGCCCAGGCCGCCCCAGCCUGGCAGGACAGCGGCGCGUGGAAGAGGCGGCGGCACCACGGCGGCGGGGACCACCUCGCUCCACCCACUCAUUUCAUGCUCACCCCUCGCCGGCGCUAUCCCAUCCAGCAGGCCCAGUAUACCUCUCUGGGGACCCUGCCUACGAUUUGCUGGGACAGCUACGGGCGGAAAAACAGGCUGUCCGCUCACAACUCCGGUAUGAUCCAGAGCCCCGUGACAGUGAAGAUUGCGCGGCCGGACAGCAGCCUCGGCCGCUCCCCGCGGCUGGAGCAGCUGGCUUCUCCCAUGGCUCCCUCGCCAGCACUCAACAGCACCCCGGACCCCUGUGCAAAAGAGACCGUCUUGAGUGCUCUCCGGGAGAGCCGGAAGAGGGCCGUGGAGGAGGAAGAGGACGACCGGAGCUCCCCCAGUGCCCAGGAGAACAAGAGGAGGCGCCACGGCAGUAGCGGAAGCGGGCAGUCUGCCUUUGAGCCCCUGGUGGCCAACGGAGCGCCAGCGUCUCUCGUGCCCAAGCCCGGCGCCCUGAAGCGCAGCCUCCUUCCUUCCCACUGCCUCGACGACGGCUCCUCCAAGAGGUCGCGCACCUCCUCCCUCAGCUCCAUCAACAGCUUGGCCGUGGGCGGGAUUCCCAGCACCCUCCGCAACGCCAUCGCCAGCUCCUACAGCUCGUCGCGAGGCCUGGCCCAGCUGUGGAAGAGAAGCGGCCCAAGCACCUCUCCCCUGUCCAGCCCGGCCUCCUCCCGUUCCCAGACGCCUGAAAGGCCGAACAAGAAGGCCAGGUACCCCAACGCCAGCCUCACGGAAGAGGAGCCUCACCGGUCCAGCACGUCAACCCCCAUGAAGGCGGACAAGGAGGUGCAAGCAGAGAAGACAGCUGAAGAAACGCCCCUGCAGAUCGCACCCAGCUCUCCGGGCGCGCGGUCUUCGCCAGGCAGCGGCGGCAAGCGCAAGCGCAGGAUCCAGCUGCUCUCGGUGCGCCGUGGCAAUCACUUUCCCUUGCCGCCCCCUCCUCAGCUGGGCUAUUCCGUCACCUCGGAGGACUUGGAUGCAGAGAAGGCGGCGGCGCUGCAGUGGUUCAACAAAGUCUUGGAGGAGAAAACAGAUCCCAGCACGAGUCCCCCUGUGGAGACCCCCCCUGAACCCACCGCCCUGUCCUUCACCCCGAUGUCCGCUGCGCCAGCCCCGGUCCCGCUGGCCGUGGUCACAGCCGCAGGGAGCAACGUGCUCCUGGAGAGCCUGAAGAAGAGGCAAGAGGAGCAGAGCUGCUGCCCAGGGCAGGCAGAGCCCAGCGCUGCGGCUGCCGUGUCUUCUUGGCCACUGGUGCUCCCCGCUUCUCCAGACGUGGGCUCCUUGGCUGUGCCCGUGGGCUCCCCGGAGGCAGCGCAGCCCCUGGCCCCGGCUCCGGCUCCGGCUCCAGCUCCUCCAAGUGCUGCCCAGCCUGCUAGUGGCACCAGCGGCGUGACGGUGCCCUCCUCCUCCUCCUCCUCCUCCUCCUCCUCCGAGCUGGGCCAGACCCCGGCCAGGCCGUCCUCCGCCCCCAAGCCCAACAUCCUCUUCGGCAUCCUCACCAGCCCUCCUGCCAGCCAGCCCAUGACGACGGCGCUGACGACGACGGCAGCAGCAGCAGCCCCAGCCCCAGCCGCUCCUCCGCCCAGCACGGCGCCCGUCUUCAAACCGGUCUUUGGCAGCCUGGCCAAAGCGGCGGAGGGCCUGGGCUUCCCCGUGAGCGGCCAGGGCGCCUCAGCAGCAGCCCCCUCCUCUGAGAUGGCGCCACCCUCCGGGGCCUCUCCGGGCGUGGCGCCCAGCAGCACCUUCAAGCCCAUCUUCGCCGGCCUGCCCCUGCCGGCCGCCGCGUCGUCUUCUCCUUUCGGCCCCCGGCAGCCCCUUCUUCAGCCAGCCUCGGCCCCCAGCGUUCCAGGGUUCCCCGGCACCACCCCCAGCUCGACCCCCGCCACGGCCAGCGGGACGACCGCCUCCGCCAGCAAGCUGGUCUUCAGCUUUGGGUCUGGCCUGCCCGCUGCCACUGCUGCGCCCAGCAGCUCCUCCUCCUCCUCCUCCCUCACGGCAGCCGCUGCUGCUGCCACGGCUUCCCCAGCAGCCCCUGCUGCUGCCGCCGCCACCUGGCCCCCCCAGCAGCCCUCGCUCUUCGGGGCCUCGCCCAGCGCCAGCACUGCGGCAGGCCCCCUGUUUCCAUUUGGCCAGCUGGGGGGCCCCUCGGGACCCUCUCCCAGCCCCUUGGCAAGCUCUGCCUUCGGCCAGGCGGCCGCCACCGCCGCCAGCAGCGAAUCGGCUCCCGGCACUGCGGCCGCUACCACCGCCGCCACCUCGGGCUUCAGCCUCUUUGGCGGGGGAAGCCGUCUGGCCCCCCAGGCCUCUUCCGCCCCCUCUGCCACGGCGCCGCCUCCGCUGGCGUUUGGGUCGGGCAGUUCUGCGUUCAGCGGGGGCUUCGGCGCGGCUUCCAAGCCGCCUCCUCCGUAUGCCGCAGCCGGCAGCCAGCCGGUCUUUGAGGCGGGGAUCUCCGAAGGACUGAAGCCGGCUGCGAAGGCGGCUGCGAAGGCGGCAGGCCCUGGGGCCUUUGGGACUCCUUUCAACUUCCGCGGCGGCAGCAGCAGCAGCAGCGUGGUGGCCCAGCCGGCCUUUGGCAGCGCCACGCAGACCCCCUUCGGGGAGGCCAGCCCGGCAGUCUCCUUCGGCACCAAAAGCACCGCUCCCCAGCCGGCCUUUGGCAGCGCCACGCCGCCCGGCUUCUCCUUUGGCGGCAGCGCAGCCACCACAGCCACCUCUGCGGGCUUCGGCUCCAGCACGCAGACCGCCAGCAGCGGAGGGGGUGCCCAGGGGGGCUCCAUGUUCGGCGGGCCAGCCCCCGCACCCUUCGCCUUUGGGACAGCCAGCCAGCCAGCCACAGCGGGCAGCGCUUUCGGGGCCGGAGCCACCGCCACCGCCAGCCCCAUGGGCACAGGAGCGCCCCCCGUCGCCUUCAGCUUCGGGGGCGGGCCGAGCGGGACUGUGGGGGCCGCCACCCCCCUUCGGGGCCUCCUUGGCCAAACCCCUCUGGGAGCCCAGAGCCAGAGCUCCGUCUUCGCCUUCAGCAUCCCAGGCGCCCCGGAGAGCAAGCCGGCCUUUGGAGGAGCUCCGACACCCACGUUUGGGCAGAGUGCGCCUGGCCCAGGAGGGGGCGCCGUGGGGGGCUGCCCCCUCUCCUUUGGAGCCCCCGCCUUUGGAGGAGCAGGGCCUUCUUUUGGGCCCCCAGCACCCAACUUCUCCGCUCCUCCGGGGGCCCCGGCACCCACCUUCUCCAUCGGGGCAGGAAGCAAGAUGGGGGCCCGCCAGCGGUUGCAGGCCCGGAGGCAGCACACCCGCAAGAAGUAGCCGGGAGCACCUCUCUGGCGGGACUCCGGCCCCUGGCGAACCCACCCACCCACCCACCGACGGAGCUGGAUGUGACCGACCCAGGGAGGGUGGGAGGGAGGG